AUGACCGACGUGGAAAUGGCGGAGAAUGGAAAUACGAUCAAGGAGGAGAAGCCCGAAGCGAAGCCGGAGGAGGCUAUGGAACAACAGGUAGGAUUCGUGGAAGUUUUGAGUUAGAUCGGUUAUGACUCAUCAACUUGUGGCAAUUUUAUUGAGGUUUUGUUGUGGUAUUGAGUGUAUAUAACAUAAUGGAUUUGCAGGCCCAAUCGAAUGGAGAUGGAACUGACCUUCAGAAGGUGUGUACCGAGAAGAAGCUCAACACCGACGUUGCCAAGGAGCUUUCUGCGCUCUUUGAGACGUUGAGUUUGACCUUGGAGGACUUUGAUGAAAGAGCCAUCGAAGCUUUAGGAAACUUUGGUGCUGAUCAGGCCAAGUUCAUCCUCAAUGAGAUCAAGGUGGGUUUAUUUUUAUCUUGGGUUUGUCUUUUAGAUGAAUUACCGAAGUAUUAAAUUGAUUUUCAGAAUGUUUUUGUACUUGAUCUGUUUAAUAUAAUAUCUCUGUUUAUGUUUUAGAGAAGUGGGUUGUAUGGUGUUCAUAACCGACCCCAAUUCGUGAUGUCUGUGAUGCGCAACUUCAAGGACAAGGUCCGUCAGGUUGGAGCCUCAGAGGCCUUGAAAUCUGCGCUGAUCCCUGGACCUCCAAUUGAAGACAUCAAGAAGCUCGUUGAAUCCACUGGUUACACCUUGGAAGUGACUGUGGGACAACGCAAAUACCACGCUCCACCAGAUGUCCCAGCCCCAGAACACGGCCAUGAGACCUUCAUCGGCCAAAUUCCUAAGGAUAUUUUUGAAGAUAAGAUUGCCGAGAAGUUCGCGGAAGUCGGAAAGAUCUAUGAUCUUAGGCUGAUGUUGGACCCCAUCAUGGGACGAAGCCGCGGCUACGCUUUCCUGGUCUACGAGACCAAGGAACAAGCACACGAGGCUGUGAAAAAGGUAGGCAUUUCAAAAUUUUCAGAUGCAUCUAAUCUAAAUUAAGGUGAAAAUCUCAUAUUAAUCAAACAAAAACAACACGAAAUAAAUUAUAAUGCAAAUUCAUGGGUCGCGUUCUCCAAAAUAAUCGGGACCGCCCAAAAAUCGACCAAAAACAUCGGUCGACAUCGAAAAAUUGACCGUCAAACGGGCGAAAAUGCCUACCAAAAAUUCGAAAAAUCACACAUUUUUCUUCUGAUUUUAGUUUGACGGACACGAAAUUCUGCCGGGAAAAGCGCUGAAAGUCAACGUUUCUGUGGCUAAUCGCCGACUUUUUGUUGGGAAUAUUCCUAAAGCCAAAUCCAAAGAGGAUAUUCUCGAAGAACUAAAAAAACAUCCAGGUAAAUCAGUUUUUGGAGCCAGAGUUUUCGGAGUUUUUCUGGAGUUUUGUGAUGUGCCAUGAGUUGGAGGGGGAGCUCGAUGUAAUGUGCUGGUUUUAGAACUUGAAAACGUCACGGAUGUCAUCAUCUACAGCUUCCCGGAUGCCAGCGAAAGCAAGAAGAACCGUGGAUUCUGCUUCGUGGACUUUGGCGACCACAAAUCUGCUUCUGAUGCCCGUCGCAAGUUAGCCGGAGGAAAGGUGAGGAUUUUACAAGUUUUUUUUCGAUUUUUAGGACCUAAAGUUUUAUUGUUUGUCGUAAAAACUAUAUGUUUUUAAGAUCCGUCCUUGGAACACUGAUCUUGUCGUUGACUGGGCUGAGCAACAAGCUGAACCUGAUGAGGAGACCAUGUCCACCGUGAAGGUGCUGUAUGUGAAGAAUUUGAAGGAAGCAGUCACUGAAGAGAAGCUCAAUGAAAUCUUUAAGGAAUACGGAGAGAUCGAAAGAGUCAAGAAGAUCCGAGAUUAUGCCUUCAUCCACUACAAGGAGAGGGAGUCGGCUGUCAAAGUGAGUGGUUUUCUUUGUGUUUUGUGUUUAGAUUUCAUGGAUAGUGUAUAUGAAGAUUGAUAGUUUUAACGGCGUGGAUGAUAAUUUUUUUCCUUUCAGGCUAUGGAAGCUCUCCAAGGAACCAAGAUUGAAGAUGUUGAGGUAGAGAUCAGCUUGGCCAAGCCCCAGCAAGACAAUAAAUUGAAGAAGAAGCCUAUGCCAAGAGUUGGUGGCCCUCCAGGCAAAGGUGGCCCAUCCAAGUUUGGCGGACCCCCUAAGGGAAGAGGAGGCCCUCCACAGCGAGGCUAUGGCGGUCCAGGAUAUGGGUCAUUCGCCCCUCCCCCACAAGGAUACGAUCCUUACUAUGGCGGCGGUGCUCCAGGUGGAUAUUAUGGAGGUGGUGGUUAUGACCCAUACUACCAAGCCCCUGACCCAUACUAUGGAGGCGGCGGAUACCCACCAGCUGGAUAUGGCGGUGGCUAUGGAGGUCCCCCAGGCGGGCCAAAAGGCCGUCCCAACCAAAGAGGACCCAAAAGACCGGGCUUUGGAGGCCGCGGAGGGAAGAGACCCGGAGGCUCUUUUGAUGGUCCAGCCAGCAAACGAGGUGGCGGACGACCUGCCGAAGACUUUAGCCUCGACAAUCACUUCUAA